UACUUUCACUUUCUUCGUUACACGUCGCGUCAAGGAAUAAUAAUCAUUUUUGAUUUUAAUGAAUAUUUUUAGCCCAGCUAAGAUUUGAUAUGUAAAUGAGUCCCUCCGGCAUUCAUGUCAACAAAACAGUGGUCUUAUUUGUCUUGGCUAUCACUGCCAUAAUUGUUGUUUAUAAGAACUACAAAUACAUAGGGACAUUUCUGAAGUUUGGGGGAAAGAAAGAAGGAAUGACCUCAAUACCCAAGGAUGCUCUUGACAAGGCCAAAACCUUAAAAGUAGAAGAACGCAAGGUUAAAGUAGAGUUAAAGGAUGGCAAGAGUGUUGAUAUAGUUGUACGUGAGGUCAUACCAACAUUAGGGGUGGGUGACAUUCUGUUCCUGCAUGGACAAGCAUUUUCAUCAAAGGAUUGGGAGAAAAUAGACACCCUGACAAUCUUUUCUGCUCUUGGUUACCAUCCUGUGGCAGUAGAUUUACCAGAAGGAGCAAAGACUGAGAGUGAGAAGACAGAUGUUGGAGACAAAGGAGUCUUUCUGGAGAAACUUAUUUCUACCCUCAAACUGACAGCCCCUGUCAUUGUCAGUCCCUCCAUGAGUGGGGGUUACUCACUACCCUAUCUCUUCAAGGACCCAUCAACAGUACAAAAGCGCUCUAGGGGGUUUGUGCCUGUGGCCCCAGUGCACACUGAGGACUAUAAAGCAGAGGAGUAUAAAAGUCUUCAUAUUCCAACAGCCAUUGUAUAUGGAGAAAAUGACCAAACUAUUGGCCCAGUUUCUACAAGGAACUUAAAGAACUUACCAAACAGUGAACUACAUGAAAUAAAAGGGGCAGGUCACCCAGCCUGGAUAAACAAACCAGACGAGUUUCAUGACAUCCUGUACAAGUUUCUCCACAAAAACCUUGCCACUGCCCCCUGACCUGGCAUGGCUACACAAGAAAACGUUAUCAAAAGACAUCGAUAAGAACACAAUUUUUUUUUUUUUCAGAUUAGUUUACCGUUAUGUUCAUUUUCUGUAUUCAUUUGCAUUAAUACACAUGUAACUAAUUGGGUCAUAUUGCUUGCUGGUGCUGAAGUUUUCAAGGAAGAUAUAUAUUUGUGUUAAUAUAUGAUUUUGCAUUUAUACUGUAUAACAGGGAAUUUCUGCAUAUAGAUUUUUGCUCUUUCCUCUGUCCCAUUUCUUACAUUGAAUUAAAACAGAGACUUGGUGCUUUCAUUUCCGAUAACAAAGUUUCUUUUGAGAGUCCAAUUGGAAAACAGGCUUUGUGUUUUUGAAUUUUGCAGAAAACAGGUGUAUUUGAGUAUCUUCAGCAAAGAAUUAAAAUAUGAGCACACCCUUUGAUCCAAAAAAUAAAACAUGUUUUAUAAUGUUCAGAAACAGAUUUUUCUUUAUAUAGUUGCAUAUUUUGGAUCAGAGGUUGUGCUCUGUAUGAAAUAUUGAAAAAUACUAAAAUUUUUGGCCAUUUUUGAAGGAAUUUUCAGUACACAGGAAUAAUGACGCAUUUCAUGACAUCAUAAUGCAUUCACUAAUGAGGAAAUUAUGUUAUUUUCAAUAGAUAUGGUCACCAAGGGUUCAAGUGAUAAUAAAUGCAUUGUCAAAAGCAUUAAUAUGAAGUAUUAAAGAAAGGAAGAUUACAUAAUCUAUCAAUAUAGUGUCGAUUUGAUUUGUUUCACAAAAUUGUUCAACCAUUAUUGUAUGGAUGUGAAGUUUGGGGAUUUUCAAAUAAUGCAAUUAUACAAAGUAUUCACCUAACAUAUUGUAAACUUUUACUCCAUUUAAUAGAUACAACUCCAGAUUUUAUGAUAUAAGGUAUAUGGUGAACUUGAUCGAUGCCCUAUGGAAAUUCAAAUAAAAACAUGCAUGAUAUCUUACUGGUCAAAAUUAAUUACUGGAAAGGAAACAAAAAUUGCAAAUCCAUACUAUGAAUUAGGCUUUAUUAUAAAUCAAGAAAUAGGAGGGGAAAUUGGUUGGUUUGAAAACAUUAGAAAUGUUUUGAACAAUUGUGGACUGUCUUAUAUUUGGCUCGAAGCAAGCUCAAGUAAUGCAAAAUGGUUAAAGAUGAAAGUCAAACUCGCAUUAAUUGAUCAAUUCAAACACAGUUGGAAAUUAAUUAUUCAAACCUCAUCUAAAGCAUUAAAUUGUAGAAUAUACAAAGACGAAUUAAAGUUUGAAAAUUAUUUUAAUAUUAUAUCAAAAAAGGAUGUAUCACAUUUUGUAGAUUUCGAACUUGUAACAACUAUUUACCGAUUGAAAGUGGACACUGGGUUAAUAUAUCAAGACAAGAGGAAUCGGAGAUGAAUUUCAUUAUAUACUAAAGGGGAGUUCACUGCAAAAAGACAGAACUUCAUGUUUAACCGAUAAACAAAUAAAAUUUAAGAACAUACUUACUUUUAAAAACAUUAUGAAUAGUAAUAAGCACUGCUUUCUGAGAAAAUGAUGGUCAUUUAUAAAGAAAAUAAAAUGUGCUCCCUGGUAUACAAUUCCAAUACUUCACACUAAAGGUACUCUAAGUUUUGUAUUUUAUUUCUCACGCAUGCCUUAUAUACAUGCAUUAUUAAUUUGUAUUCAUCAUCUAUAUUAUGUUCUUGUAAUCUCUAUAUACUAUUGUAAAAUGGUGCUGAGAUUCAAAUAAAUUAAUAUGACCGUGACUUUUCAGAAAAAUUCACAGGGACAAAAAAAGGCCCUAAGUGAAUCUUGCUUUUGAUAUGAAUAUUUGACUAAAGUUUUCAUUUUUCCAUCUCUUUAGUACACAAUUUUAUCAGUAAAUAUUAUUAUUUAAUUUAAUUCAUUUAGACUACUUUGUUAAAUCAAGGUAACGCAGGUAAACUCUACCUGGACCCUUCAGAGGGCCUCUUAAUUGAAUGUGAUAAUUAAAUAAUUGUUUUAGCGAGUAGACGUUCGGGGAAUAAAAAGGAUGUUUGCUUUGCGGUAAGCCAAAGACAGACUAUUGGAAUAUUUUAGAAUUUUAUUUUACUUAUAUCAGGGCUCUCGAUUGUCUAUAUUUUGAGUCUUUCAAAAGCCUAAUUCCCAAAUUAAAAACUAGAGGUACUGUGAUCUCUGAGUUCACAAAAUGAUACCCCCUUCCCGCCUCCCAUAUGAUUUUAAAGACAAAUCCCCCCUUUUUUUUAUUUUGCUGUGGGAAAGUCCAAAUAUUUGUCCUUUUAAUACAUUAAGUAGGAGGUCACAAUCGCACUAUGUAAUAAAGAUUCUGUGAAAGUCUCAUUGAAUUUUAUUCAGUGGUAUAGGCGGAGUUGCGGAUAAGAGAUUGGUACUCCAAAGCGUAACGGACGGACGGACAGACAGACCCCCCCCCCUUCACUAUGCAUCCCCCACUUUUCAAGCGGGGGAGGGGGGUAUAACAAGGUACUUUUUCCCAAUUGAAUGCGUUAUUUUCCCUUGAGUCAUUACUCCCCUAAAUUUUUAAGACAUACAGUAAGAUUUGUAAUAACUGAACUUGUCAUUCAUUUUCUUCUAUACAGAAAAAAAGAAACUUAGUUGAUAUCAAACACGGCACAUGAUUUUAAUCUAUAAUGAUUUUCCAAAAAUUCCCUAAAAGAUCGGUAAUUUUCACAAUUUUACGGCUAUUUAAAUAAUGCUUAUAAAAUGAAUUACAAAGGUGAUACUUAUUGCAUCCAAAAAUCAAAAAUCUGAAUUUUGGAAAAGGCUUCUCGAAUACCACGAAAAUUUUCUUUUGCGAUCGAGCUACUACGGUCUCUAUUAUUACGUCACGGCUUGUUGUAACGUCACGUGAUUAAUAUUAGGAACGGUAACUCUUAAUUGGAUUGUUAAGAGUUAUCUUUCAUUUUUUAAUAGCCGGUUCUAAAAGACUGUAAUAUUGGCUCAGAUAAAAUAUUAUAAAGAAGACAUACAUUUACAUGUAAUUUCGUAAUUUCAAGACUUUGAUCCUUUUAACCGACCGAGCUUAAAAUCUUCCAUGUGUAAGGUGCACUUGUGGAAAAACAGAAGACGCAUAUCAUUACUUUUCUUCUUGUGCGAAAUACACUGUCCCAAGAAACGAUUUGUUUAAUGUUAUUUUUAGAAUGAUUAAUUUACGUAUUAUAGACACUCACGUACUGUUAUGGGGAGAUGAUUCGAUUAGCAUUUCUGAAAACGAAUGUUUAUUUCUAAAUGUGCAAGAGCUGGUCGUUUUUGAAUUUAUAUAUUUAGAUUCAUUUGUACAUACUACAUCAAAUCAAUUUUGUACAUGCAUAACCUAUGUAAGAUAAUCAUAUUGACCUUUGGUUCCAGUGUAGUUUAAUUUUUUAACAUUAUUUUGUGUAAUUAAUUGUUAUAAAGGAGAGGACGUUCUAAGUUUUAAGAACUCGUGUCCGAUCCUUUUGUUGUAAUAUCUAAGCAAUAAAAUAUGUUCAAACCAAUGUGUAAGGUAUUUUCUUCCUAAGAAUUAAGUUUCUCAAAUA